CGCAUUAAUUGUCUUGCCUCUCGCUGGAAACGACCCCCAUUUCCCCAUUCUCCUCUCCGCUCCUCUCCUCUCCUGCCGCACUCCACGGCUGCACGCCUGCACACGUACAAGAGAACCCUAAGCGUCAGGCCCCAAGUCGACUGGGCUCUCCCAUCGGAUCCAAGCCGAAUAUGUCGUCGUCGGUCGGAGGCGGAGGGGGAGGCGGCGCGGCUUUGGCCGGAGGAGACGUCGCUGGCCUUCUGGACAAGGCCAAGGAGCUGGACCAGCUGCGGAAGGAGCAGGACGAUGUGGCCACCGAGAUCAAUAAGAUCCACAAGAAGAUCAUCUCCUCCCCAGAGAUGGUGGAUAAAUCAGUUGAUGCCAUGAUGGCUAGGCUUCGUGGUUUUUAUGUACAAGCAAGAGAACUCUCUGAGAGUGAAGUCAGUGCUUCAUCUGCUUUGGUUGGACUAUUAGAUGGUUUGUUGCAAUCUGGAGUUUCAGCUGCACCAAGAAAAAAGAUAGAAAUCAGUGAACAGAAAAAGAAGAGGAUGAAGUCUGAUACAGAUACAACACGAUUUUCCUCUGCAUCUAUGAGGAGCCAACUUGACCAAGCUGCAAACCUUAAAGGAGAGCAGGUUGCAGCUAGGGUAAAAUCGGAUGAUGAAAAAGACGAGUGGUUUGUGGUGAAGGUCAUACAUUUUGAUAAGGAAACAAAAGAAUUUGAAGUACUGGAUGAGGAGCCUGGUGAUGAUGAAGAGAGCGCCCAAAAGUUUGAGAGGAAAUACAAGUUGCCUAUGUCAUAUAUUAUUCCAUUUCCAAAGAAAGGAGAUCCGUCUAGUGCUCAGGAUUUUGGACAGGGUCGGCAAGUCUUAGCUGUUUAUCCUGGCACAACAGCAUUAUAUAGGGCUACCGUAGCCUCUCAACGUAAGGUGUUCUGUUAUGUACCAUUUUCCAAAAGGGGUGCUUUAUUACUUAAAAGGUUUAAGCAUUACACCCAGCCUCUGCAUAACUAAGAUGCACACAGCCACACAAAGUCCUCUGCAAGAACGAAAAAUAGAUAGGCGGAAUACAAAGAUAGAGUCUGUAUAACGCCUAAAGCGGAGGUGGGCCAAUCCUAUGAUCAUGUUGCCACCCAUGUUGGAUAAAAGUAUACCUCGCCGUAUCCUCCAAUCGUGUACACACCUCCGUAAAUAGGUCUUGAUUCUCCACGCGUUGUAGAAAGGACCAUAAACGAAGAGUCCCGGUACAUCUGUAGAUAACAUGCAUUAGAGAAGUACUUUUAUCGUUAAAAACCUUAUCAUUUCUACAUAGCCAAAGCGACCAAAUAACGGCUAGCGCUCCCACCCUAAGAAGAGUUCUAAACCUGUGAUCAAUCCCAUGUAACCAGUUGCCAAAUACAUUGGCAACACUACAAGGAGGAUACAAGCCAGAAGCUAUCUGGAUGACUGACCAUAUAGACCGAGCCAAUUUGCAUUGGAAGAAUAAAUGUUUUAUUGUCUCAUCAUGAUGACAAAAAACACAUCGCGGACUUCCAUGCCAAUUCCUCUUGAUAAGGUUAUCUUUAGUAAGAAUGACUCCGCGACGAAGAUACCAUGCAAAUAUUUUAUUCUUAAGAGGUAUGUUCAUCUUUCAGAUCUUAUUAUUAUCAACUGGCACAUCAGACUGGAUUAACGCUCUAUACAUAGACUCCACUGAGAAUUUUCCAUUCUCAUGUAGGUUCCAUCGAAAUACAUCAGACCCAUGUGACAAUUGCACCGUGGACAACCGUUAAAGCAGGAUGUACCACGAUUGGAGUCUAGGUCCAAUUAAAUCUCUUCUGAACGUCACAUUUGGCGGAAAUGAUUCCAUUACAGUGGCAAUAGUAUCACCCUUGUGAUGCACAAUGUUGUAUAGAGCCGGAUAUUGUUCCCGGAGUGUGGCAUUUCCUAGCCACUUGUCCUCCCAGAAUCUAAUUUCCGAGCCGUCCUUAAUCGAGAAGGAUCCAUAGGAGAAGAAAUAUUCUUCGUAGCCAUUAGACCCGCCCAAAAGUGAGAAUCCCCAGGCUUCCAGUAUACUUGGGAUACCGCCUUGGAGCCCACAUAUUUUCUCCUCAGGAGGGUUUGCCAUACACCAUUUUCGGUCAGUAAUUUAAACAACCAUUUGCCGAGGAGGGCCCUAUUCUUAACCUCAAGGUCAUGAAUGCCCAACCCGCCUUGGUCUUUGGGACGACAAACCACACUCCAUUUAGCCAGUCGAUAUUUCUUCGCUCGCUAUCUCCUUGCCAAAAGAAUCUUGAUCGGAAAUAAUCCAAUCUAUGUAAAACUCCUUUUGGCAACUGGAAGAAGGAAAUCAUAUAUAGUACCAUAUUACUUAGUACUGAGUUUAUGAGGACCAAUCUUCCACCUAGAGACAACAAUUUACCUUUCCAACUGCUAAGUCUUUUUUGCAGCCUCUCCUCGACAUGUUUCCAUUCAGCAUUUGUGAGUCUCCGAUAAUGUAUUGGUAUCCCCAAAUAUGUGAUCGGAAACUGGCCCAACCCACAUCCGAACAGUUCAGCGUACAGGUGGGCCUCGUCUUGAGCCUCACCAAAACAAAACAAUUCACUUUUAUGAAAGUUGAUCUUCAGACCUGAGAGUUGCUCGAAUGCUGAUAAAAUUAAUUUCAGAUUUCUCGCUUUCUCGAGGUCAUGAUCCAUGAAGAGAAUCGUAUCGUCGGCAUAUUGAAGUAUAGAGAGACCACCAUCAACUAGAUGACUUACUACUCCAUCAAUUUGGCCAUCAACCUUGGCACGCUCAAUCAUGACUGCUAGCAUAUCCGCCACUAUAUUGAAUAGCAUGGGCGAUACCGAGUCACCUUGUCGCAAUCCCUUCUUUGUUUGGAAAUAGUGUCCAACGUCAUCAUUGACCUUAAUGGCAACACUACCUCCAGAAACGAAGCUAUGGACCAUAGCGCACCACUCUGCAAAAAAUCCUUUCAUUCUGAGAGUCUGUUGAAGAAAUGGCCAUUUGACUUUGUCAUACGCUUUUUCAAAGUCUAUUUUGAGUACCACCCCAUUCAACUUUUUCCGAUGUAAUUCAUGGACUGUUUCAUGAAGGAUAACAACUGCAUCUAGGAUGUUUCUUCUUUGCAUAAAAGCAGUCUGUGAAGGACGAAUCACAUGUUCAGCAACCGAAUUUAGCCUAAUAGUCGCAACCUUCGUGAAUAUUUUAAAACUAACAUUAAGGAGGCAAAUAGGUCUAUAUUGUUGUAUCCUUUCAGCCUCAUUAACCUUAGGUAAUAAAGUAAUCUCACCGAAGUUUAAGCGAAACAAUUCCAGAUGGCCAGCAUGUAGGUCGCUAAACAAAAGUAGGAGAUCCGACUUGAUGACUUCCCAGAAGUUCUGGUAGAACUCAGCGGGAAAACCAUCUGGACCCGGGGCUUUGUUCUGCUCCAUUAGGAAAACCGCCUUUCUAACUUCCUCCUCGGAGUAUGGGGCUGUUAGAAGGCCGUUUUGCUCAUCAGAGACCUGGGGGAUGUCAUCCGUUCGGGACUCAUCCAUUGAGAAGUUACCUUCCUCUGGGGCUCCGAACAAAUUUUUAUAAUAAUUAGUGAUAUAAGAUUUAAGUUGCUCAUGUCCCUCAAUCAUGCCCUCAUCCUGUUGUAGGGAAUGAAUAGUUUUCUUCCGGUGUCUGCCAUUGGCAACUCCAUGGAAAAAUCUAGUAUUCGAAUCACCUUUCAGGAUAAAUUGAGAGUUACUAUGUUGGUACCAUAGAUGGACAAAUAAGGGCUCUUAGCAGUGUUCCCGAUACAAGACAUGGUAGCUGCUCUUUGGUGUAGAAAUGCAUGUGGAUACUUUUGCUAGAAAUAUCACAAAACUUGGAAAACAAGUCCUAACAACUUUGGAAACCCGAGGUACUUUUCCAGUGCACAAGAUGAACUUUCAGGAUACACUCGGGCUCUCUUGGCCUGCCUAGGUGCAUCGCAUCACCUGGAUCCUGUGGUAUGAUUACCAUGGGAGCAACUAAUUGGGUGGCACCCCAUGGCUGGGUGUCCCAGCGGACACUUUUCUGGUGCGCGGGAGCGUCCCAACGCUGCCUCGCGCGCCAAGCGCUUCCCGCACCGGGGCGGUUUGGUUUUUUUCUUGUUUAUUUUUAUUUUUUGGGGGGUUUGAUUCGGUUUUUUUCCUUUUUUUUGUUUUGUUUUGCUCUUUCUUUGGUUUUAGGACUCGAACCCGUGACCCCGUGACCUCAAGGUCACAAGGUAACAACUUCACCGCUGCGCGAAAGCUCCCCUACCCCGGACCCUGCAGGGAAAGACUGCGUACAAAAGAACUAAAGUGGUCGGACCCUUCCCCGAACCCUACGCAAGCGGGAGCUACGUGCACCUGGCUGCCCUUUUUUUCUUUGUUUUUUUGGUCUGUCAGCAGCGUGAAGCAUGGUAGUGCUUCGCGUCUGCGUGAGCGCAGUAGUGCUUCCCGUGAAGCAAAGUAGUGCUUAACCCACGCACGGAGCACAAUUUGUGCUUCUGUCGGGAAACACAGUUUAGUUUGUAUUGGGAGCACAGUUUAGUUCACACUGAAGCACAAAUUGCUACUAGCUGGAAGCAUAAAUUUGCCCCAAAAAAGUUCAUCGAAAUCUACCAACGUGGGAUAGUUUGAAAAUCUCGAUGCGAGAAAGGCAACGGUGAAAACAGUUCGUGAUUUGGACACGCGGUUCAGGAGAUAAAACAUUUGAAAAAACGGAUCUACAAAUAAACACACAAACAAACCCAUCGGUGCCUCCCAUGCAUGGGAAAAAAUGCCGACAAAACUCCCUGGUUGCAAAAAGUGUCGCACAUGCAGUGCACCACUUGUCACCACCAGAGGAGGUGUGAGUGACCUUUGCUAGGGGUACCCCUUAACGAUUUCGGAGUACCAUUGUAGUUAUGAACAUGGUUGUUGGCAUUGGCCUAUUAUUGCAUACGCCUACCCCAGGAAGGUGCCUGUAAGAAGCUGAUACUAACUUGGUUCACUGUAGUUAAUUUGAUUACUACUGUGUUGCGUCACCUGAAUCCUGAGGCAUGAUUACCAGUGUGGUUACGAACAUGGCUGUGGGAUUGGGCGUAUGGCACGCAUACUCUAGGACAAGUUGAUACUAGCUUGGUUCACCAUAGUUAAUGUGACUACUACUGUACAAAUAGUAUUAUCUUGUCAAUAUUAAUGCCAUUAAAGGCGUAAUAUAUUAGUAUUAUUUGUCCUGUUUAUAUACAUGCUUCAGCAUUGUACAGUCAUUCCAUCUGGGUGGCAUAAACAUGAUUUUUACUCGGUUAAUUCCUUGGCAUGUAUGAAGUUUGUGGAAGCCGUAUGUGCUGUUUAAAGUCACCAAGUUGCUGUUAUCGAUCUGUUCUAUCUUUUCCGUUAUUUGCUAUGUCACUAAUACUCUCUUUUUGCCAUCAUGUGUUGAAAUUGCAC